AUGAUAUCAUGGGAUUUUUCUGACUAUUUUAGUUUCGAGGAAGCCGAGAAAUGGUUUCAAGGACUUAAGCAGCCUACUCUAGCUGACAUGGUCCAUUAUGAAGCGGCAAAACUGAAAGAAAGUGCACGCAAAAAGCAAAUGGAGAACAGGAAGAUCGCCGAGGAGAAUCCGAUCAGCGAGGAUGAAGAGGACCCAGAAGCUAACAAGAAUGAGCACGAUGACUCUAUUGCGAAACCGAAUAUGGCUCAGUCCUCUAGUAGUGCCACCAAGAAUAAGCCUUCAGCGCGCAGAAAGCGUAACCCAGCUGCGCUCUCUGCAGCGGAGAAAAAGAAAAGCAUGCAAUUCGGCCUGAACAUUGCUCUAAAUGAGACCCUUGAAUCGCUCUUGAGUACCAAUUUCGUUGAUGAUGCAAAUACCAGCGCUGCAUUGGGCGCAAUUCCGUCCCUUCCGACGAAUACUGGUGACAAGGACAAGGCCCUCGCAGAACUUGUUGGCGCUUUGCCCCAUGCUGAGCAGCGAAAAGCCAGGUCAGACAAAAGACAAUGCGUUCUGGCCUCGAGGAAAUUCUCCCCAAGCGCAAAAGUGCACGGAAAGAACGGGUGGAAAGUCCAGGGAAUGAAGACCACCUUAUAUCAUUACCAGCUUUUGGGGGCAUCUUUCAUGCGCGAGCGAGAGCUUUGCACACGGCAGCCUUUCGGGGGUCUUUUGUGCGACACAAUGGGAUUUGGGAAGACCAUCCAAGCAUUAGCCAAUGUUGUCGACGGAAGAAAUACCCAGAAAGUCGACUCUGUGAAUUCAACUUUGAUUGUUGUCCCUUCGCACCUUGUCGAGCACUGGAGAAAUCAAAUCAAAAAGCAUUGUGACGGAAGCGCAAUAGGCGAAGUGAUUUUGUAUCGUGCCAACUCUCGACUUGAUACUUUGGAUUCGCCCAAGAGUUUACAGAAAUACGAUGUUGUGGUAACAACGUACGACGAGGUCCGACGAUCAUAUCCACCAGUCAAGGGCAAACCCGAGGGAAACGAAGUCAAGAUCAGAGAAUGGUGGGAGGAGGUCUAUGAAAAACAAGCUGGACCGCUUCAUCGCAUUCGAUUCCUUAGAAUCAUUCUUGACGAGGGCCAUCUAAUUAAAAACCACCUCUCGCAAACUUCUAUCGCCGUUCGUGCUCUCACCGGCCAUUACAAAUGGGUUUUGAGUGGGACUCCUGUGCAGAAUUACGUUCACGAAUUCUAUCCCAUUUUCGACUUUCUCGAGGUCCCAGGUAAUGGCACUUUCGAAGCUUUCUUCGAAAAUUAUUGCAAGAAUGAAAUUGGUCGGGAUCGUCUUUUGAAUAUGCUUCGCUCGUUCAUGUUUCGGCGUACUCAUGCUAGUCGCCUGUUCUCUUUGCCGGUGGUGAAUCUACCCAAAAUCCAAGAGCGCAUAAUCUCGACUGAAUUCUGCGCCGCUGAAAGGGCGAUCUACGACGCCAUAGUAGCCACCUUUUUCAAUAACAUCAAUGGUCUUUCGAAUUCGAAAAAUCCUAAAUUAGCCCAGCAUCAGUGCAUAUUGACAAUGAUGCAGAAGCUCCGCAUGAUCUGCAGUCACAUCCUGACAAUGCAGAGUAUGGUGAAGGAAUUACUGCCCGGAAAACUAAUGGAAACACUCACCAAAGCUGCACAAAACUGCGGGAGUUCAGACAAACAUUCGGCUAUAAUUACUAGCUGGCUCCGAGCAAUGGCCAUAAAUCCAUUCCCCGACCAACCUAAGCAGUCCAACAAGACCGCGGAGGAAGCUACAGACGAGCCACGGGAAAGCAAUCCGAAGCUUGUGCAAGAAUUCCACCAACUGAUGAGCAAACUGCAUGAGGAGGAGAGAUGGGAAGAGAGACUUGAGCGAACCAAUUGUCCUAGGUGUAGGCUCGCACCGGUGAACCCUGUCAUUACAUCGUGCAUGCAUCUCUACUGCGAGGAAUGCUAUUACCUUCUCGAUGACCAAGACAAGGACUCGUCUAACCCGAAACGAGAGUGUAUUGAAUGCCAGGAAGCCAUCAAAGCAAUCACACCUGGCGUCCCGGUGGAAGACAUCGAUCUUGAAAAAGCACCGUCUGCCCCGAAAAAGAAACGAGGACAGGCAAAGAAAGCGCCAAAGCCAAGAGCCUUUGGAAGGUUCGGUGGUUGGAUGUUUGGAUAUCGGGGCCCAAGGGCGGACGGCAAUACCGAACUGGAUGAUCAAGACGAAGAGCCCGACUGGAUUCCGAUCUGCGCUAAGGAGAUGCCGAGUGCGAAACUGACCAAAAUCCGUGAGCUCAUUCUCGGAUGGAUUGCGGAAAACCCCAAGGUCAAGAUUGUUGUUUUCACGCAAUUCAUCGAUUUUGUCAGAAUUUUAGCCAUCAUGUGCUACACUCAGGGGUGGCCUCAUGCAGAGUUGACUGGGAAGAUGCGUCCGCAAGACCGGGUCAAGAGCGUGGAGAAGUUCAGGGAGCAAGAGAAUAUGAGUGUGUUCAUUAUCAGUCUCAAGGCCGGGGGAACAGGGCUUGAUAUGCCUAUGGCGAACAAGUGUAUUCUCGUUGAUCUGUGGUGGAAUGAAGCCAUCCAAGACCAGGCUGUUGCCCGGAUUUACAGAAUUGGCCAGGAAAACGACGUGGAAUACGUCAAGUUGAUCGUGAAGGAUACCAUCGACGCCCAUCUCCUGGAACUCCAGAAGUCGAAGACAUUUGAUAUCUCGGACAUGAUCGGGAACGAAGCCCUGGAAGGACGAGCAAGUAUCAUAGACCUGCUGCGAAUUUUCGCCGAUGUCCAGGUAACCAAUACAGGGGCUAUUAACGUCACGCAGCGCAAGGAUUGAAGCAGGAGCCAGCAGCUGCUCUGUCUUUUGGGAGAUACUUUUGAGUUUUCAUGUUGCGCUUGGCUUGGAAUUGGGGGUUUGCAAUCUAUGGGGUUUAAUCCUCUAGCAUCUUUG